CGAAUAGUCUCCUAGGGUAGUGCAAUUGCAUUAUAGUUAUACUAUACGUAUCCUCGUAGUUCUCAGCGGCUUCCGUUAAAGAUGGCCCUCUCGAACUGCGUCCGCAUGGCCCGCCCCGAGGCGCGGCCAAUUGCUGUAUCCCGUUGCAGUGUAGUAUGCGUUCGCGCUGUUGCUGGUGGCGUACCGACCCCGGACAAGAAGACUAUUGUUGGAAAGGGCAAGCUAGUGGAGAGCAUUGUGAAGGAUGCUGACCUUACGCCGGCGCAGGCUGCCAAGGCUUAUGAAGCCUUCCUUCAGACCAUGCAGAGCGCCCUGGUGAACGGCGACCGGGUCACGCUCCCUGGAUUUGGCUCUCUUGAGGUUCGCGACCGCUCCGCGCGGUCGGCCCGCAACCCGAGGACUGGCGAGCCCAUGACGAUCGAGGCCUGCAAGACCGCGGCCUUCAAGCCGGCUGCCGCUCUCAAGGACGCGGUCAACGGAAGGGCCGCUCCCAAGGCCGAGAAGCCAGCGGCUCCUGCUGCCCCGGCCAAGCCCAAGGCGACCAAGCCCGCUGCCACCAAGCCCGCCUCACCCGCCCCAAAGGCUCCCGCUGCUAAGAAGCCCGCUGCCGCCAAGCCCAAGAAGUCUGCAUGAGCCGCGGCUCUCAUGAUGCGCUAGGUGGUCGUCCUGCGCGCUGGGAGGCGAGCAGCGAGGGUGCGGUCUGUUUGGAUGCAGGCCGGAGCUGGAGCAGUGCUGUUACCUCGCCCUUGCUUCCGGUACACCUUGUGGCAUGGUACUAAUGGGUGCCGGUACAGGGUACUCCGUCCGACAGGUUGUGCUCCCACCUUAGCCAGGAAUAUAGCCAGGAUACCGGUGGUAGUGGUAUUGGGGUAGGUGUGCAACUGCCGGCAGCAUGUGUGCAGUUGCUGCAGGAGUGUCGCUGGCAGGCGUGGGGGAGGAACUUGAGCAGCCGCUUGGCGGGGUUUCCCUUCCGAUCUGGGUCGGUUGAUACCACUCGGCAAGGUGGCAUAAACUGGUUUGGGUGCCUUGAUUACAUAUGUUUACAUGCUUACUUGUUCCAGCUGGGUGUUAUAGCUGGAUGCUUGCUCGCCUGGAGUCGCGCCGCAUGUGCAAGGCAUGGCUGCAUUUUGCGGUUUGACGGUCUUCUUGCAGCUCACUCCUGUGUUGUUGCCGCCCCCAGCGGUGUUGCCUGAAAAACGCUGUCCUUUUGAAUCGAAAAGACACAAGAGAAUAUGCGUGGGGGUAGAUAGCGGUUGGCCCCGGGCAGUCUGGGUGACAGGAAACGAUUGCGGUUGAGCAGAACACCUGUACUCUUUUUUAGGGUUUUAGGGUUUUGCUGGUUUUAGGGUUUUGCUGGUUUAGCUACCUAGUAGUGCGGAACAACGCAUCUGGGUUGUGUUAGGGCGGAGGUUGUGGACAAAGAAAGGAGGUCCGCAGCCCUCCGCGUGUCAGCGGGUGGCG